GCAAGAUCCACAUUGUAAUGCAAGCUUUUUGUACUUAUGUAAUGAAAUCUUUUUAUAACGUGCAAAACGCAAUCGCAAGACGCGUAUGUAAUGGCGUUCAGACUAUACGAAGGUGCAGACCACACAUCUGUGUAUGCAAAAUACAGGUCCGUAUGGACAACGGACAUCACAGAUAGGGUUUUAACAUAUCUCCAGGAGAAGUUUCCAGCACCAUACAUGUAUGACCAUGCCAUAGAUGUGGGUUGUGGCUCAGGUCAGUUUACACACCUUCUGGCUCCUCACUUUAAACAAGUGACGGGUAUAGACAUCAGCGCUAAUCAGAUAUCAGCAGCAAUCAAAGGGAACGACAAAAAGAAUAUCACAUACAAAGUGGGUUCAGGCGAAUGUUUUUCAAUCGCUGACCAGUCUGUGGAGCUAGUUACCUGUGUUCAAGCUGCCCACUGGAUUGAUAUGGACAAGUUCUAUGCUGAAGCUUACCGGGUGCUAAAACCGAACGGGUGCGUGGCACUGAUUUCAUUUACCUUUCCAGAAUUCGGCGCACAUCCACAAGCAAAAUUAUUGACAAAACCUCUUGGGAAUUAUUAUGACAAGCUUUGGGAAACAUCUUGCCCCGCUGAAAUGAUAAACAGGUUAAAGCAUGUCUACAACAGGUACCCGGAUGAAAUAUUUGCCUGUAGACCACCGUUGGAAGACCAUCUCAGGGAUGAGACAAUGACCAUAGUACAUGACAUGACGGUGGAGCAGGUCGUUGGAUUUGCAAGUUCCAGCAGCGGUUACGUCAAAUAUGUUAAGAAAUAUUCCAGCAGUGACAUAUUGGAGACCUUGCAGAAAAACAUACUGAAAACCUUGGGAGAGGAUGCCACCUUAGAUACUGUUGUGCGUGUCACAUUCCCAGUAUUCAUCUUAUUCGGCAGAAAGCCUGGUUAAGAUAAACCACCAAUCAAACUUGUAAGAUUCCACUCAUGUAACAUGUAACAUGAACUCAAAUGCAAUAACGUAGAUUUACCGAUUUCCUUUGGCGAGAUCACCGCCAUCACUUUUACCAAUGUCACCAUAUAACUAUCAGACGUCGCAAACUAUUUGUUGUAAAGUAAAUGAUUUUGUUGUAAAGUAAAUGAUUGCAGAAAAUGCGGUCCAACCCACGAAAAGAAGUCAACGAACUAACAUUAAUAUGAUAACAGAGAAAAUUGACGCUCUUCAAAUUUUCAUUGGUGAUGUCGUUCAUACAAACGCACAGUCCGCAGUCCACCUCUUACAGAACUCGAGUUAUGCCAGGAAUGAAAAGACCGUUUUACUCACGAGAGCACGCCCAUCUGCGUCUCCAAGAAAGUCCACUCCCAACGCCAUCGGUCCCAGACGCAUACCCCAACCCGACAUGCAUCUGCGGCGCCCAGGAUACAAAUCAACACCAGCUGGACGUCCGAAUUAUCCUCAACACUGAAGUCCGAUAAGUGAACGGCCAAUGUGUCAAACAUGUGGUGUGUACACGCAUCUUAGACCUAAUUGUUUUGCUCGUAAUCUUACAAUGUAUCUGUUAUUGUUGCGGUAAAAAGGACACAUAGCAAGUCUGUCAUGCUGCACGUGUAAACAAACGGCUAAGAAAAAGAAAAAUGUUUUUUUAACAAGAUUAAAAUAGAAAAGUGCCAAUUUCUAUUAUUUCCUCCAUUUCGAUAUGUCGAAUGAGAGUUCAAUUGCAUGUAAUGUCAAAUGAUUCGUUUCAUUCACUGAAUCAAUGCGAUUGUCAUCCCGUUAAGUUUGAACAUAUCCUUUUGUGUAACAUAUGCUUGUACCCAUAUGUUUAUAGUAUGUUUAUGGUAAAUUCAUAAUCACACCAAGGCUUAUCUCACUGCUUAGAUAGAAUAUUUUAUGAAUAAAUUUACUAGUACAUAUAUUCAUUAUAUAAAGAUUAUUUUUUCAUUCACAAACGGCUAGGCAACAUAAUUACCAAAUAGAGAAAUGGUAAUGCACCAAUUGUAUUGUAUUGUAUCGUCAUUAAUAUAUCAUAUUGUACCAGGUCAUGACAAUCUAUGUACCAGCACAGAAAUAAAUUGAAUUGAAAUUUAAUUGUCUUCAUGUAAUGGAUAAUGUACUGUCCUCGUACGUUGGCGCACAAAUGGAUAACUGUUCACAGUUUCUUGUACGUCCAUCGUUGUCCAAUGUGAAUGUCUCGUAUAAUUCCUGGUCGAUUAAACUCAAUCUUAAUACCGUAUAUAGUAUAAUCAUAUAAUCGUUGAACCCCUUGUGGAUUGAACCAAUCUUUACUACGUGUAUACCUUUUAUUGCCAAUUUAACCGUAUAAAAUCCAUACAAGAUCAUUUCAAGAAGUUCAUUGCCAGAAACUGAAAAUUUCAAUGUGGCAAUUUAUCGAGUAAAAGUAUAUUUAACUUCAUAUGCAAAUUCGUUCGCUUUUUCCGGCAUUGUAACACUCAACAUUUGAGUUUCCUUUUUUAUCCCCAAAUUACCAAUACCUGGCAAGUCGAAAACGUAAUUUGAUCGAGGGAACUUGUAUUAAUUAACUUCAAUCGUAUUCGUGCAGUAAAGUAAUCCGAGGUGCGUUUGACCUUUAAUUUAAUUCUUGUAUUUUCUAUUUUAUUGUUACGCUCCUUACUCUGUCUUUUCU